GAGGGCCCGCGCCGCUCGCCCAGGGGGCCUGGCCCCACCCCUGUUCCUGAAACUGGGUCUCAGGUCAGGCCCCGCAGGCCUGCAGCAGGGGUGUGGAGCCAGAGCCACCCAAUCCUGGAGGGACAGGUUUCACAAUUUCCCGGAUGGGGCUGCGUGGGGCACAGUGCAGCCCGAGGCCGGAGGAUGGGGUGGUUGCCACUCCUGCUCCUGCUGCUGCAGUGCCCACGGGCCCCUGGGCAGCGGUCGCCGCUGAACGACUUCCAGGCGCUGCGGGGCACGGAGCUGCGGCACCUGCUGCAUGCGGCCGGGCCCGGGCCCUGGCAGGAGGGCGUGGCGGACGCCGAGGAGUGUGCCCGGCGCUGCGAGCGCCUGCUGGACUGCAGGGCCUUCCACCACAACAUGAGCAGCCAGGGCUGCCAGCUGCUGCCGUGGACUCAGCACUCGCCCCGCACCUGGCUGCAGCGCUCGGGGCGCUGUGACCUCUUCCAGAAGAAAGGCUACGUGCGGACCUGCAUCACGGACAACGGGGUCAAGUACCGGGGCACCAAGGCCGUCACCAGGAGCGGCCUGACCUGCCAGCGCUGGAGCCACCGGCACCCCAACGACCACAACUCUCUGCGCCCAGGUACAUGCCCACCCCCCAGAACGGCUUGGAGGAGAAUUUCUGCCGCAACCCCGACGGGGACCCCAGAGGCCCCUGGUGCUACACGACGGACCCCGCUGUGCGCUUCCAGAGCUGCGGCAUCCAGUCCUGCCGGGAGGCCGCGUGCGUUUCCUGCAACGGAGAGAAUUACCGCGGCGCCCUGGACCGCACCGAGUCAGGCCGCGAGUGCCAGCGCUGGGACCUGCAGCGCCCGCACCCGCACCGCUUUGAGCCCAGCAAGUUCCCCGACAAAGACCUGGACGACAACUACUGCCGCAACCCCGACGGCUCGGAGCGGCCCUGGUGCUACACCACCGACCCGCGGGUGGAGCGCGAGUUCUGCGACAUCCCGCGCUGCGGGCCCGAGGCGCAGCCGCGUCCAGAAACUACGCCGCAGAAUUGCUUUCGCGGGAAGGGCGAGGGCUACCGGGGCACGGCCAACACCACCGCCGCGGGCGUGCCCUGCCAGCGCUGGGACGCACAGAGCCCGCACCAGCACCGCUUCGCGCCCGACAAAUACGCGUGCAAGGACCUCAGGGAGAACUUCUGCCGGAACCCCGACGGCUCGGAGGCGCCCUGGUGCUUCACCACGCGGCCCGGCAUGCGCAAGGCCUUCUGCUACCAGAUCCGGCGCUGCACCACCGACGUGCGCCCCGAGGACUGUUACUACGGCGCCGGGGAGCGGUACCGCGGCCGGGUCCGCAGGACGCGGAAGGGCGUCCCGUGCCAGCUCUGGGCCGCCGACGCGCCGCACAAGCCGCUGUUCACUCCCUCCUCCGCCCCCCACGCGCACCUGGAGGAGAACUUCUGCAGGAACCCGGACGGGGACAGCCACGGGCCCUGGUGCCACACCACCGACCCGCGGACCCCUUUCGACUACUGCGCGCUGCGGCGCUGCGAUGAGGACCAACCGCCGUCCAUCCUGGAGCCCCCAGGUGCUGUUUGAGAAGUGUGGCAAGAGGGCGCUCCGCGAGGACCAGUACCCCUCCAGGCUGCGCGUGGUGGGGGGCCAGCCUGGGAACUCACCCUGGACAGUCAGCCUGCGGAACCGGCACGGCCAGCACUUCUGCGGGGGCUCCCUGGUGAAGGAGCAGUGGGUGCUGACUUCCCAGCAGUGCUUCGCCUCCUGCCACGAGCCCCUGCUGGGCUACGAGGUGCAGCUGGGCACCAUGUUCCAGAACCCGCAGCCCCAGGAGCCAGGCCUGCAGCAGGUCCCGGUGACCAAAAUGGUGUGUGGGCCCUCAGACUCCCAGCUGCUGCUGCUCAAGUUGGAGAGACCGGUGACCCUGAACAAGCGCGUGGCCCUCAUCUGCUUGCCCCCCGAGCAGUACGUGGUGCCCCCAGGGACCAAGUGUGAGAUCGCAGGCUGGGGCGAGACUAGAGGCACAGGGAACAGCUCGGUCCUCAACGUGGCUGUGCUGCACGUCAUCUCCAACAAGGAGUGCAAUGCCAAGUACCGCGGGCGCGUGCAGGAGAGCGAGAUGUGCACCAAGGGGCUGCUGGCCCCCGUGGGCGCCUGCGAGGGCGACUACGGGGGCCCGCUCGCCUGCUUCACCCACGACUGCUGGGUGCUGGAGGGAAUCAUCAUUCCCAACCGUGUGUGCGCCCGGCCCGGCUGGCCGGCCGUCUUCGUGCGCGUGUCCGUGUAUGUGGACUGGAUCCACAAGGUCGUGCGGCUGGGCUAGGCCAGCCCGGCCCCCUGGCCUGGGCAGGACGGGCUUCCCGUCGGACAUAAAGCCUCCUUCCCUCCUC